GUCUCUAUUCCACUUUGUCCGUAGUAGUAUCAGUCCCAUGGUCCUAGAAGCUCAGAAACCCGAUCUUGUAUUUCGUGACUUGUUUCCCCGAAUGUCGAAUCUAAGUCGUCGUGCCUUGAUCUCUCUAUUAGUUAUUCGUUUAUAGAUCGAAGAAUUUUGAGUCAUCAACAUACUUUUUCGGCUCUACCCUCUCUCGCUUUGACCCUAAAAUGUGGCAUCGGAGAUGCUCUCUUGCGCAACCAAUGGCGGUGCCACACCGAUGGAGAUGGCAGGAGUCGGCAGAGGUCUAUACGGAGGCCCACGGAAAAAUCUCCCUGGAUCCGAAGGGAAUCUCAAAUCAUUUGCCGAUUCGAUGGAGCCGGGGCCUCCCGAAGGAAAACCAAAAGCAAUCUUGGCGCUCUCCCCCCGAAGAUCCAGCGCUUCUCGGGGAGGGAAUCAGGAAACGGCGAAACGCCCCCGCGCCGAGGGGAGGGAGGGAUCUCGGCACGCCGUCGGAAACGCGCCCCUCGUUUCCUCGCCCCUGCCCUGACCCCGACCGGCCCCGUCCUGCCCAAAUCCACUUCGCGUAUAAAGAUCCCCCCCCCCCCCCGGGACUCUGAUCCCGUACCACAGUGCCCACUGCGCACAGGCCGCGGCAGAGAUCUUCGACGCCUCCGAGGCGGAGCAGAGCGAGCAGCGACGCGGACAGUUGGGAAAGGAGAUUGAUGGACGAGGAUGUUGGCGCCGGCAGCGUCGGCAACGGCGGCAGGGAGGCGUUCUUGGCCAGAGCUGGAGUGGGAGCGGGAGCGGGAGCGGGGACGGGCAACGGUAUUGGCGAAGGCAUUGAGGUCGACCCCGGCGUCGGCGGAGCAGGGGGGAGCGGAGUUGGGAAGCUGCCGCAGUUGCUGCAGCGGAGCUUCGACGAGGUGCAGGGGAUCCUGGAGCAAAACCGCGUGCUGAUCCAGGAGAUCAGCCAGAACCAGAAGAGCCGCGACGCCGACGGGCUGUCCCGCAACGUGGGGCUCAUCCGGGAGCUCAACACCAACAUCUCCCGCGUCGUCGACCUCUACGCCAACUUCUCCGGCUCCUUCUCCCGCUCCGUCGCCGCCGCUAAGAACGCAGCCGCCGCCAAGGAGGCCGCCAAGAGGCCCCACUCCGCCGAGCAGUAGAUCACCUUCUCUUCAUUUUACCUUACAGUCUAUUAGAUUUUGUCGUGGUCAGGACAUGAUUCCGGAAGGUGUAGAUUUGAAACUUUUUUCCU